CGCCUGCUACCGUGGAUCUAUCUGCCCCAUUCAAAGACUUUUGUUCAUCUUUGAAAAGAGAAAACCUAGAAUGGAGAUGGAGCCGACCGUGGGUCCUUACGACUACUACGACUACGAGGAGACGGAAAACUCCACCAUGUGCGACUACUCCGAGUGGACGCCGUCGUACUCCGUCAUCCCGGUGCUCUACAUGCUCAUCUUCAUCCUCGGCCUGUCCGGAAACGGGGUGGUCAUCUUCACCGUGUGGCGAGCGCAGGGCAAGCGGCGAGCCACCGACGUCUACAUCGGGAACCUGGCGCUGGCCGACCUCACCUUCGUGGUGACGCUGCCGCUGUGGGCCGUCUACACGGCCAUGGGCUACCACUGGCCGUUCGGGAUGGCCCUCUGCAAGAUCAGCAGCUACGUGAUCCUCCUCAACAUGUACGCCAGCGUCUUCUGCCUCACCUGCAUGAGCUUCGAUCGCUACCUGGCCAUCGUCCACUCGCUGUCCAGCACCCAGCUGCGGACCCGGGGCCAUAUGCACAGCUCGCUCACGGCCAUCUGGCUGCUGUCCGGGCUGCUGGCCGCCCCGACCCUCAUCCUGCGCACCACCAAGUACGACGGGGAGACCAACCGCACGUCCUGCGCCAUGGACUUCAGCCUGGUGGUGACGAACAAACAGCAGGAGAGCCUGUGGAUCGCCGGCCUCAGCAUCUCCUCCUCCGCCCUGGGCUUUCUCCUGCCCUUCUUGGCGAUGAUGGUGUGCUACGGCUUCAUCGGCUGCACCGUCACCCGCCACUUCAACACCCUGCGCAAGGAGGACCAACGCAAGAGGAGGCUGCUGAAGAUCAUCACCACGCUGGUGGUGGUUUUCGCCGCCUGCUGGAUGCCGUUCCACGUGGUGAAGAGCGCCGACGCCCUGUCCUACCUGGACCUCUUCCCCACUACCUGCGCCUUCCUGCGCUUCCUCCUGCUGGCUCACCCCUACGCCACCUGCCUGGCGUACAUCAACAGCUGCCUCAACCCCUUCCUCUACGCCUUCUUCGACCUGCGCUUCCGGUCCCAGUGCCUGUGCCUGCUCAACCUGAAGAAGUUCCUGCAGGAGAGCCCGGCCAACUCCCUGUCCACGCAGAAGACGGAGGCUCUGUCUCCGGCCACCAAGGUGUGACAGUAAACCCGGAGCGCCCAGAGGCAUGCUGGGGAGGAGGUGAACAGCGCAGAACAAUGCAAGGCAAACUCAGACUCGGUGGAUGCUUGCUCGCGGAUCGUCUACGGUCGCUUUCAGGGCGUCACCUUCGCUCCCCUCUGAUGCUGUGGACUGUCGGCCAUUGACUGGGUAAGACUUCAGGUUUUGGACUCGCUGAAGCUCCGGGAAAGCAGAACCGAACCGAAACAAGGGAACAAGCCUGAAACAAACUUUGGUGAAAAGGUGAAGCGUACGGAAGAAGGACGGCUCUUUCACGAGUUUGCCGCAGUUUUGCAAGUGGACUUUAAUGCAAAGAACUGAGCUUUGAACUCUGAAAAUGUGACCUAAAGCCACGCUGACAUGUAGUAGUCAUGCAUUUGCCCCUGCUGUUCUUGUUGUCUUUAGUAAACACUGGAGUGUGGAGUGUGAUAUUCACUAGAUCAUCCUGUUCCGCGGAUCAGUCUGCAGUAUCUGUGCCCCGGCCCAGCCAGAAGUGUUACAAUUAUUGGGAAGGGUGUGUCAGACAGAUGUGUUUGAGUCAGAUAAGUGUGUGUGUGUGUGUGUGUGUGUGUGUGUGUGUAGACAGAGCAGACAGACAGAUGGCAGCUGACAAAUGUUUUUCAGGUUGGUGAAAGACCCAAUUAAAAGGUGACUGUUUUGACGGUCUCCCGGCACGUCUGCAUGUGAAGGACUACAUUCGUGCGUCAGAAUAUCAAUGAAUUUGUUUCCUGACAAACGCCAUGAAAGCAUUUUGUGAAUACACAUUAUUUUUGAACUCGUGUCUAUAAUUUGCUAUUAAAAAAAAGGUGCUCU